AUUAACCUCCGCGAAAGCAGUUAGCUGGUCUCAAUCAAACUGUUUUUUCAAUUUAAAAUCAGAGAAGGUGGUAUUUCCCUCUCGACCUUCAAUGCGUAGAUUCACAACUUCACAUUCACACACCAAAAACACAUAACCCAACAAAUCUCAAGUACAAACCUUUUACACUCUCGAACCUCAAAAACCCAAAACGUUACAUAUCCCAAAACUCCGAUGAAACGAAACUACAGUUCCCACCACAACCCACCUCGCAAAUGGAUCAUCAUUCCCACCCUCACAAUCUUCCUCCUCUCAAUCUUUCUCCUCCUCCUUCAUCACACCAACCCCACUUCCUCUUUUUCUUCUUCUUCUUCUAUGGAACACUCCAAUUUCACCACCCAUUUGGAACUGGGUCUUCCGAAACUGCCCAGAUUCGCGUAUUUGAUGACAGGCACCAAAGGGGAAGGACUGCAACUCAAGAGGCUCGUUCAAGCAUCGUACCACCCAAGGAACUACUACCUUCUGCACCUCGAUCUCGAAGCUUCCGAUGCUGAGAGACUCGAGCUUGCAAAGUAUGUUAAGUCAGAGAGUGUGUUUGGGGCGUUUGGGAAUGUUAUGGUGGUUGGUAAGGCUGAUUUGGUGACUUACAAGGGCCCUACCAUGAUCGCUUCAACACUUCACGGGGUUGCCUUGUUGCUGAAAAAGGCUAAGGACUGGGACUGGUUUGUUAAUCUCAGUGCCUCUGAUUAUCCUCUCGUGUCACAGGACGAUCUCUUGCAUAUCUUUGCAUUCAUGCCCAGGGAUAUGAACUUCAUUGAGCAUACAAGUAAUAUUGGUUGGAAAGAGUAUCAAAGAGCGAGGCCUAUCAUUAUAGAUCCGGGCUUAUAUCAUUCAAAGAAAUCUGGUGUUUACUGGGCUAAAGAGAAAAGAUCUGUUCCAUCUUCAUUCAAGUUAUUCGCUGGCUCUCCAUGGGUUGUGCUAACAAAAUCGUUUCUUGAGUUCUGUGUUUGGGGUUGGGAUAAUCUUCCACGCACUCUCCUUAUGUAUUACACAAAUUUUCUUUCAUCCCCUGAGGGCUACUUUCACACGGUCAUGUGCAAUCACAAGGACUAUCAAAACACUACUAUAAACCAUGAUUUACGUUAUAUGAGGUGGGACAACCCACCAAAGCAGCAUCCAGUGUUCUUGAACUUGGAGCAUUUUGAUGACAUGGUCGAAAGUGGUGCACCUUUUGCUCGAAAGUUUACCAAGGAUGAUCCAGUUCUCAACAAAAUUGACAAGGAACUCCUAAGAAGAUCAGAUGGUCACUUUACACCUGGUGGUUGGUGUGUUGGCAAUCCUCUUUUGGGAAAAGAUCCUUGUGCAGUUUAUGGAAAUCCAAAUGUAGUUAAACCAACUUUAAGGUCAAAGAGGCUAGAGACACUAGUAGUUAAACUAUUAGAUUCUGAAAAUUUUAGGCCGAAACAGUGUAAAUAGCCUUCUUGCUUAUACAUAGUCUAAUUGGCACUUUGUGCAUCUAUUCUAAUUUAAAAUUAUA